AUGGCGUCUCAGUGUGCCUUAUAUAGGGGUGAGGAUGAUGAGGAUGCCAUCUCGCUCACAUCCACUGUGCCUAGUGAGCCGCAAGAAGAGUAUAAUAUAACUGGCGUACUGGCUGAGAGGAUCGCGGACAACGGCGCGACCGAAUAUCUUGUCAGCUGGGAAAACUAUCCCAUUCAUAGGUCCUCCUGGGAGCCGGCAGAGAAUUUUGGGGACCCUGAAACCACGCUGAGAGAAUGGAACCAGAAGAAAGAGGCAAUUACGAAGGGAGAUGCGCCCGAGUUUGACCUUAUUGCUUUUGAAAACCUCCUCGCAGGAAUAGAGGAGGCCAAACUACGAAGGAAAAGAAAACGUAGGCUCAAGCGGAUGCGUCUUGGGCUGGCCUGCGGAAGCGAGUCCGGGGACAACAAUCCAGAAAGCCACGAGGAAGAUAAUGGUGAUGGUAGCAGCAAAAGCAGCAGCAGUGAUGAACCCACGAGCUCACGCAUUUCUCCUGCCUCGAGGAAAAGAGGGGCUGGGAUCCUCCUGCCAAAGCAAGAGUUGAUGGCUACUCGAAAGUCGUCCAGUAGCGCAGCUGGUAGCUCAGAUGCAAUCAAGGGACGUACUUUUAAGGCAGCUCUCCGUGAGGCGUCUCAGCCUCCAAGGCAGCUAAAGAUACCCCCUUCCUCAAAACCAAAAGUACCAUCUACGGCGCCUCCCCCCAUAAAAGUGUCUGAAAAACCUGGAACUAGGCUACCGAUCAGAACAUCCUCUGUCAAUGUUAUAGAGCCCGGGAAUGAGGGUCAGACGGUGCAGUCAUCAACCGCUAAUCCUCCCACCAGCAUGGCUCCUUCAAGAAAGUCUGUAUUCACUUUCGCACCUGCAACGGCUCGAAGAGGCGGCUCCAUGACCGCGGCAGUAGGGAGCAGGCAGCCCUCAGGACCCCCAAACAACAGACUCUUUCGAACCCUAUCAACUCAGCGGAAAUACCACAAAAUGUCUCGAACCGAGAGGCCCCCUGACAUUUCUCAACUUGAUCUUCGGCCUCCAAGCGAGUGGUUGACCGCUGCAGGAAGGUCUGCACUUCGAGAGAUCUCUUUAGGUAGGAAACGUAUCGGAGCAACUUCAAUGUCAUCGUCGAUAGAUGAUUUGUUCGUCGCUGAGGAUGAUAACAACGGUUCUCUCCCAAAUAACCCGCCUCCCGUGCUUUCCAAGGAUUCUAACACGAACGCCGACGGCAAAUCCCUAUGUACAAGGAUUUGGCGUGAAUGGAACAAAGGGGAUGUUAUGGUUCACCUUGUAUUUAGUGCAAAGGAAAAAGUUAUUGGAGAUAUACGUAUCACCGGUCUCCCUCAUUCAGCUAGAUCUUGGUUGCUUUCUUUAAAGCAAGGUGAUCAAAUUGUUAUUGAUCUUCAGGAACUUUGCUCCCCCAAGGGGUUUCUCCAGCUGGAUAUAUUUUUAGGUAUUUCUAACUUAUUAUUCUUGCAGGAGCCAAACAAAGUUAAUCAUGGGCAUGUUAUCCCUUAUAACGAUACGAUGAAUCAAGUAAAUUACUUAACAGAGUAUCUACUUAACAAUCAAUCAGCUGCAAUCUGGCGUUCCCUAGUCUGGCCAAGUCGCAGUAUAAUUAUAUACCCUUCCCAAGCUUAUGAGUGGAGAUUUCUUCAUAAGCAAUCACCAUCACAUCUAUCCCCAAUGCUUCGGCUUGUCAUUAUAACUCUACCUGAUACCUCCGAGUUAAGAAAAAUACCGCUGCCUAGUCCAAUACCAAGUUCUUCACAUCAAACACAGUCAGAUGUACAACCAGGGAAAGGUCCAGAAGAAGUUGUACUUGCCCAAGGAUACUCAGAAAUAGCUGUCGGCACCGCUACCGAUACACCAAGUUUGGUUUCUUUGCAGGAACCACCUCGCACUAUUACUCUUACUCUUAAGACACCGCUGCCUCCGAAUGAAUCGACUUCAUCACCAGCACAACACUCGUCACGAGAACUUGCCACUAAAUCCCUACCCGAGAGGGCCCGGGAUUUAGAUGUUGAGACUUAUUUUCAAAAUCACUACCGAAUCACUUUCGAAUACUUAACUCGUUCGAAGUAUUCAAAGUAUCGCAAAGAGACACUACCGGUGUUUUAUCUUAUAUUCCCCUCAAUAGAAAGGGAGGAACAUGACUUGAUUCAGCAACUAUUAGUCUUCAACAGAAUAGCUCCCUAUUCCCACAGGAACCAAGGGGAUUGGACAAAGUUUAUCAAAGAUGUGACCGAAGCAGAAGUAAAACCGCAAGGCAUAAUAAUUGUAAGCAAAUCUAUAACUUCCCCCGCCUGCUUGAUAUAUGUAUCUAACAAGCAGGAUGCUAUAUAUAGUGUCAUCAGAAGUUCAAUGCCUAUAAUUGCAUGCCUAAACUUCAGGAACUUCUUCACCACCAAGUAA